AUGGGUCUCAAGGGGGCAUGGUGUUUCCCAUGGUGUGUGUGCCGGAGACAGCGAGGGACUGAAAGAGGAGCAGGUCUGCAUCCAGCUGCCCCUCCAGAUCCAGAUCCCAGCCCAGUGAUAGCCCCCAUCAUGACUGAGGGAGGGAUGCCCUCCCUAGGGUCUAGUGCCUACUUCAGCAGGAAAGCCCGACUCUCCUUCCGCCACCAGCUGCAUGACAUAGCAUCAGCCAAUGACUCUACCAUUUGAAGGGGACAACCAGGGGCUGAACUUCUAGGAAGGCUUGGCAACCUUCCUUCCCCCCACUUCUCAGUGAUUCCAGUUUCUGGCUCCCCCA